ACUCCGCUUUGCCUUUGCAGUCCACAGUUGCAGCCAGGUUACAAAACCCAAGCUGAGCUUCACGAACACCUCAAUCAGGUCGGAGCCUCCAUUGCGUCGCGGAGAAUGGGUUUUGAUACGUUCUGCAGCCUGGACAGUUCCGAUCCAUUUUGGGAUUGGAACCGUACAUGGUACACUUCUAACCCGGACCUCACCCAGUGCUUCCAGAACACUGUCCUUGUGUGGCUGCCAUGCCUCUACCUUUGGAUGUGUGCCCCCAUCUACCUCAUCUACCUCCGCAGCCAUGACCGGGGCUACAUAUGUAUGACUCACCUCAACAAAGCUAAAACUGCUGUCGGCGUUCUGCUGUGGAUGAUCUGCUGGUCGGACGUGUUCUAUUCUUUCUGGGAAAGAGGUCAUGGCAGCAGCAUCCCCGCCCCUGUGCACCUGGUCAGCCCGAUGAUACUGGGCCUCACCAUGUUGCUUGCCACACUGUUGAUCCAGUAUGAACGGAUGAAAGGGGUUCAGUCGUGUGGUGUUCUGCUGAUCUACUGGCUGCUGGCCCUGCUGUGUGCCACGGUCACCUUCAGGUCCAAGAUCCUCCAGGCCCUGGAGCAGCUGUGGACAGUGUCUGUGUGGAGGUACACCACCUUCUAUAUCUACUACUUCCUGCUGCUGGUCUCUCUGUUCCUGUCCUGCCUGACGGACAAACCCCCCCUGUUCUCCCAGGUCAUCAAAGACCCGAACCCCUGCCCUGAGCCCGGAGCUCCUUUUCUCUCCAGAAUUACCUUUUGGUGGAUCAACAGGUUGAUGGUGACGGGCUACAGGCGCCCCCUGGAAGAGAAGGACCUGUGGUCUUUGAACUUGGAGGACCGCUCCCACAGAGUUGUUCCACAGCUGGUGCGCCGCUGGAACACAGAGUGCCAAAAGGUUAAAACGACAGAGCAGAACACAUUUUACUCACCCAAGCGGGUCACAAACACUGAAGUCAAAGAGGACCGAGCUGUGGAGGAGUCUGAAAUCUUGAUUGUGAAGCCCCAGAAAACAAAGGAGCCCUCCCUGUUCUGGGCACUGUGCCUGACCUUUGGGCCCUACUUCCUUAUCUCCUGCCUUUAUAAGAUCAUUCAAGACGUCCUCAUGUUCGUUGGGCCUGAGAUACUCCGGCUGUUGAUCCGCUUCGUCAACGACUCCAGCGCCCCCGUCUGGCGGGGCUUCUUCUAUACGGCCCUGCUCUUCAUGUGUACCUGUGUGCAGUCCAUCAUCCUCCAGAAGUACUUUCACGUGUGUUUUGUCUCAGGCAUGCGUCUGCGCACUGCUAUCAUCGGAGCCGUCUACAGGAAGGCUUUAGUUAUCAGCAGUGCAGCGCGCCGCAGCUCCACGGUGGGAGAGAUCGUCAACCUGAUGUCAGUGGAUGCUCAGCGCUUCAUGGACCUAAUCACUUACAUCAACAUGAUAUGGUCCGCCCCUCUGCAGGUGGUGCUGGCCCUCUACUUCCUCUGGCAGAACCUGGGUCCGUCUGUGCUAGCUGGAGUGGCGGUGAUGGUUCUGAUGGUUCCUGUUAAUGCUGUCAUCGCCAUGAAGACAAAAACCUACCAGGUGGCUCAGAUGAAAAGUAAAGACAGUCGCAUUAAGCUCAUGAAUGAGAUGCUCAAUGGCAUCAAGGUGCUGAAGCUGUAUGCCUGGGAGCUGGCUUUCAAAGACAAGGUUUCAGAAAUCCGGGAGAGUGAGCUGCGCGUCCUGAAGAAGGCUGCUUACCUUGGGGCCGUGUCCACGUUUACCUGGAUCUGUGCACCUUUCCUGGUUGCCCUGUCCACUUUCACUGUGUACGUGCUGAUUGACGAACAUAACGUGCUCGAUGCUCAGAAGGCGUUUGUGUCUCUGGCACUCUUCAACAUCCUGCGGUUUCCUCUCAACAUGCUUCCAAUGGUCAUCAGUAGUAUGGUGCAGGCCAGUGUGUCCUUGAAGCGGCUGAGAGUGUUUCUGUCACAUGAGGAGCUGCAGGAGGACAGUGUGGAGCACACAUCAGUAGCAGGCUCCCCAUACAGUAUCUCCAUAGUGGACGGAGUUUUCAGCUGGUCCAGAGCUGAGCCACCAACACUUAAGAGGCUGAAUGUGUGUAUCCCAGACGGCUCUCUGGUGGCCGUGGUGGGACACGUGGGUUCAGGGAAGUCCUCACUGCUUUCCGCCCUGCUUGGAGAGAUGGACAAACUGGAAGGAGCUGUCGCUGUGAAGGGUUCAGUGGCCUACGUUCCCCAGCAAGCCUGGAUCCAGAACUCCACUCUGAAAGACAACAUCAUGUUUGGACAGGAGAGGAGAGAGGCCUGGUAUCAGCGUGUGGUGGAGGCAUGUGCCCUUGAGCCUGACCUUGAGAUCCUCCCUGCUGGAGACGAGACAGAAAUUGGAGAGAAGGGGGUGAAUCUGUCUGGCGGUCAGAAGCAGAGGGUAAGCCUGGCCCGGGCCUUGUACUGUGACCGCGCUGUCUACCUGCUGGAUGACCCGCUGUCUGCCGUCGACGCUCAUGUAGGAAAACAUAUUUUUGAUCAAGUCAUCGGCCCACGGGGACUGCUGAAGGACAAGACUCGUGUGCUGGUGACCCAUGGACUGAGCUACCUGCCCCAGGCCGACCUGAUCCUGGUCCUGGUGGAGGGGCAGAUCACAGAGAUGGGCUCCUACCAGCACCUCAUGGCCACAGAAGGAGCCUUUGCUGAGUUUCUGCGAACAUACGCUGCCGUCGAACACACUGACAGCAAUGAACCUGUGGCAAAUAGUGGAACCAAAGGAGCAGAGAAUGGCAUUGUUACUGCUCUUCUUGGUAGUCAAAGUGUCGACAGUGUGUCCAAACUGUCUCAGACGGGUAACCAGGAACUAAGCAAGGAAGCCAAACACCCCGAGCUGGGCAAACUGACAGAGGCUGACAAGGCCAGCACCGGACAGGUAAAGCUGUCUGUGUUCUGGUCUUAUCUGAAAGCCAUUGGGGUGCUUCUGUCUUGCAUCAGUCUGAUGCUGUUCCUCACCCAUCACCUGCUCUCCCUUUUCUCCAACUACUGGCUGAGCCUGUGGACCGACGACCCCGUGGUGAACGGCACUCAGCCCAACAGAAAGAUGAGACUGGGGGUGUACGGAGCUCUCGGCCUGUCUCAGGGUGUGGCAGUUUUCGGAUACUCCAUCUCCAUAUCCAUUGGGGGCAUCCUGGCCUCCCGCUGCCUACACAAUUCAAUGCUGUAUGACGUCCUGCGCUCACCUAUAUCUUUCUUUGAGCGAACCCCAAGCGGCAACCUGGUGAACCGCUUUGCCAAAGAGAUGGACACCAUUGACUCAGUGAUCCCCAGCAUUAUUAAGAUGUUCAUGGGCUCCAUGUUAAACGUGUUGGGUUCUUGUGUGAUUAUCCUGAUCGCCACACCGCUGGUAGCUAUCAUAAUUCCUGUUCUCGGCCUGCUCUACUUUUUUGUGCAGAGGUUUUAUGUUGCGUCAUCUCGCCAGCUGAAGCGUCUGGAGUCGGUCAGUCGUUCACCCAUCUUCACCCACUUCAAUGAAACUCUGCUGGGCACCUCUGUCAUCAGAGCCUUUGGUGAACAGGAGCGCUUUAUCUGUGAGAGUGACCUGCGGGUGGACCAUAACCAGAAGGCUUACUAUCCCAGCAUAGUAGCCAACAGGUGGCUGGCUGUUCGCCUGGAGUUUGUAGGAAACUGCAUCGUGUCAUUUGCUGCUAUGCUUGCUGUCAUAGCCAGAGAGAGCCUCAGUCCAGGCAUCAUGGGUUUGGCUAUCUCUUAUGCCCUCCAGCUGACUGCCUCUCUAACCUGGCUGGUGAGGAUGUCCUCUGAAGUGGAGACCAACAUAGUGGCUGUGGAGAGAGUGAAAGAGUACAGGGACACAGAGAAGGAGGCAGAGUGGGAACAAGAGACCUCCAGCCUCCCCCCGGGGUGGCCCACUGAGGGCUGCAUUGAAAUGAGGGGCCUCUGCCUGCGUUACCGCCAAGAUCUGGACCUCGCCAUUCGCAACAUCACCAUCAACAUCAGCAGCGGAGAGAAGGUGGGGAUUGUAGGGCGCACUGGAGCGGGGAAAUCCUCCCUAAUGCUGGGAUUGUUCCGUAUCAUCGAGGCAGCGGAGGGCCACAUCUUUAUUGAUGGGGUUGACAUUGCUCAGCUGGGCCUCCAUGAGCUUCGCUCCAGAAUCACCAUCAUACCACAGGACCCAGUGCUGUUUUCAGGCUCCCUGAGGAUGAACCUGGAUCCUUUUGACAGCUACUCUGAUGAGGAAGUAUGGAGAGCUCUGGAGUAUUCACAUCUCAAGAGCUUCGUAUCCGGCCUGCCAGACAAACUCAACCAUGAGUGUAGUGAAGGAGGAGAGAACCUCAGUGUAGGUCAGAGGCAGCUGCUGUGUUUGGCCCGAGCUCUGCUGAGGAAGACCAAAAUCCUGGUUUUGGAUGAGGCCACAGCUGCUGUGGACAUGGAGACAGACAACCUGAUCCAGUCCACCAUCCGCUCACAGUUUGACGACUGCACCGUCCUCACCAUUGCUCAUCGGCUCAACACCAUCAUGGACUACUCCAGGGUCCUGGUGUUGGACAAAGGAGAGAUGACAGAGUUUGACACCCCUUCCAAUCUCAUUGCUCAAAGAGGAGCAUUCUACAAAAUGGCCAAGGACGCCGGGCUGGUGUGAAGCAGGAGGCUCCUCACUCUGUCCAGAAUCGCCUCUGAGCCACCACAGCUCCUCUGCCGUCCUGCAAUUAGGUCCUGAAAUAAAGAGGGACAGGGAGAUAAAGUGAGGAGUUGUUCUACACUUUGGAACAACUGUGUUUGACUAUUAAAGCAAGGGUGUUAAUGAGAACAAGGGUUUUAGUUGGACCUGCUCCAACACUGCUGGUUUUAGUAAGCAAUACUGAAGUCAGAAGACGACAUAAAGUAUGUUGUCUUGUAAGUACAAAAUCAUAUAGUGCCAAAGAUUGCCUUCAAACAUCCCAGUUGUUUUCAAAUGCAGAUGUCCCAGUUCCAUAAUAUAUAGUUAGAACGUACAACAUUUCCUCCAUAUUAGUCGUUUGGACUAUGCUGUUUUUUACGGUUACUAUUGAAGAAAUCAACUACUUUACAGUUUCAUGCUAACAGUACCACCUGUAACCUGCACUCAGUGUAACGGAUAAGGCAGGCAUUAUCAUAUCAUUUCUUAUUUGAAGGAAAAUAUAAAACAUCCAAGAGCUUAUCUGUAAAGCAGGUGUCAUAGGGCACAUUAAAGUUGAAUCAAAUCAAUUUAUAAUUAGUAGCAAGUGGAACUGGGACUCAGCUGAUUCUUGGACCUUAUAGCUACCAAAGCUAGCUGAAAUAGGGCAAUGCACUUGUUUCUUAUAGUUGAAUGUAACAUCAGUUGGAGUGAUUCUUCUGAGAGAGAGAGGAGUGUUUUGCGGUUGUCUUAUUUUCAGAGCAUCAUCACAACGAUGUGGCCAUGUGACGAGCAACACAAGGUGUGCCAACUGAUUGGUCAGAAACAAUAGUUGCGCUGAUGAUGUGACAGGAAGGGAAGGCUUGUGACAUUGAACAUCAUCGCAUAAAACACAACAAUGCAAAACUUCUGGGAAACCUUUAGAUAGAUAACACUGACUGUUACUUUACAUCCACCACUGAUUGUAUUUAUUGUGUGUUUGUGUUUAAUCGACAGCUUUAAAUGUAUGUGUUCAUGCAAGUUGCUGAUAAGGUCAGAGACUUAUUUUAGGUGAAUUCUAAUGAGGUGACAUUGUACUGAAUGUACACAAAAUGAAUGCUUAUAAUUUCUUAAUGUUCAUUUUGUCGUUUUAUGUACCCAUUAUAAAUAUUUGUAUUGUGACUGACAGCAGUUUAGAAGUUGAUUCGACAGGGUUUUUUACAUUGCCGUUUUGGUGAUAGUAAGUUACUGCGUUAUUUUGACCGUUUUGAUAAGAUGCUGACAUGGAGAAAUAAAUUCCCACAGUUUAGAGUGUGCACGAGGUAGCAGUUUAAUGCUCUGAGAAACUCUGGUUAUAGUAA